GGCCACUGACCUCACGGACGGAAACCACUGUUGCCUGGCAACAGCAAACCCGUCGGGUGGCGGCAUUGGGCGGCAAAACCUGUCGGCUGAGCCCCUUGCCCAAGUGAGGAGCCAACGGUGCAGAGAGGACGACGACGGCGGUAUGUGUGAGGGUCCGUCCCGCAUCUCGGGGCCCAUCCCCCCAGACCCUACACUCUGUCCUGACUACUACCGGAGGCCGUCUUCGGCCCAAGGGCGCCUUGAGGGAAACGCGCCGAAGCUGGACCUGCUGACGCCGGACACGGACCCGGACCUAGAUGCCACUCCUCCCCGAGGCCCCCGCAUCCGUCCGGGAGGCCUAGAAAUCCUGGAGCGUGGCCGUCGCGGCGUGGGUGGCGUGCUGCUGCAGCUCGGGGGUAUCUCCCUGGGCCCAGGGGCCUCUCCCAAGAGGAAGGACCCUAAAGACCAUGAGAAGGAGAACAUGAGGCGGAUCAGGGAGAUCCAGAGGCGCUUCCGUGAGCAGGAGCACAGCCGGGAGCAGGGCCAGUCCAGGCCACUGAAGGCCCUGUGGCGCUCACCCAAGUAUGACAAAGUGGAGUCGCGUGUCAAGGCUCAGCUGCAGGAGCCCGGCCCUGCCUCUGGAACUGAGCCAGCCCACUUCCUGCGGGCCCAUUCCCGUUGCGGCCCUGGGCUCCCACCACCCCGUGUCCCCAGUCCCCAGCUAACCCCACCAGGUCCCAAUGCUAAGGCCCCAGGCCUGGGUGUGGACUUCAUUACCCACAAUGCCCGCACUGCCAAGAGGGCCCCCCGGCGGCAUUCUCGCUCGCUGCAAGUCCUGGCACAGGUGCUGGAGCAGCAACGGCAAGCCCAGGAGCACUACAAUGCCACGCAGAAGGGUCAUGUGCCCCAUUACUUGUUGGAGCGCAGGGACCUAUGGCGGCGGGAGGCUGAGGCCCGUCAGCACAGCCAACCGGACCCAGCCAUGCCUCCUGGCCACACUCGCAUGCCUGAGAACCAGCGGCUGGAGACACUGAGCAGUCUGCUCCAGAGCCAGAGCCAGCUGCUGCGAGAGCUGGUGCUGCUGCCUGCGGGGGCGGAUUCACUGAGGGCCCAGAGCCACCGUGCUGAGCUGGACCGGAAGCUGGUGCAGGUAGAGGAGGCCAUCAAGAUCUUUUCCCGCCCCAAAGUCUUUGUGAAGAUGGAUUCCUGAGGCUUUUUAUGGGGACAGUGACUGGGUCUUACUGAAGGAUGCAGCAUGGUUGCUAAGGGCAGGAUUGGGCCCCAUCAUAGAGUGGAGUUUGAAGACAGGAGUAGUGGAGGGGGGGCAGUGUCCCCAGAGCCCUCUUCCCAGCCGCUGGUGGCUGCAGAAGGGCCAUCCCAGCCCCGUAACCCUUUAUCAAAAUUAAACCUUUUGUACACAGUGGG